CUUGUUAUUUGCAAAUACGAUGCAGGAAACGCAUUGCAUUUCACUUCAAAGUUUGUGAGUACCCCGUUCUAGCGGUUGUUCCCGUUAAGCUAGGGCCGGGGGGCCAAACUUAGCGGAACCAUGGCAACAAAGACGACCCUGAAGCUCCCGAGGUUACGGACAAAGGAGGAACUGCUCAAGACGUCGCCGGAGCUGUGCAAGCUUCUAGGCGAGGACAGCGACGAUGGACGCAGCAUGUCGCCAUUCACAGGACCACCUCCUGCUGUUGCACCUGCAAAGCCCUCAUCACGCGGCCUUCCGGCCGUGCCAGCAAAGGUGACAAAGACGCCGGGUAUGGACACGCCUCGAGGACUGGGAGAAGAGGAGCUAACAGAGGAGGAAUUAUUGAAAUUGGAGCUAGAGAAAAUUAAAAAUGAACGGCAGGUGCUUCUGGACUCUAUCAAGCUUGUCAAGGCGCAAGCAGGCACUGCCGGCGGUGAAGCGCAACAGAAUGAUAUCAAAACACUGCGAAGGGAACUGGAGCUCAAGAAGGCCAAGCUCAACGAGCUGCACGAGGAGGUCCGGCGCAAGGAGUCCCACUACAACAAAAACCGCGACACCAACACGGACUGUGCACGCCUAACUCCAGGAGAGCUGAGCGAGGAGCAGGCGUAUAUCCAGCAGCUACAGGACGAGAUGAAGCACAUUGACGAGGAGCUGGUAGAGGCAGAGGCUAAAAAUCGACUGUACUACCUGUUAGGGGAGCGAACACGCCGCGAGCACCUGGCGAUGGACAUGAAGGUCCGCGCCUCACAGCAGCUGAAGAAGGAUUCAGCGGAUGACUUGUACACGCUCACAGCACACUUUAACGAGACACGGGCGUCCAAGGAGCAGGCUGAGCGGGAGCUGGCCCGCAUGAAGCGAAUGUUGGAGGAGACGCGCAUGGAUUGGCAGAAGAAGCUGCGCGAGCGGCGGCGUGAGGUCCGUGAGCUUAAGAAGAGGCAGCAGAAGCAGCUCGAGCGCGAGCGCAAGUUGCGUGAAAAGCAGCUGGAGCGCGAGCGGCAGGAGCGGGAGCUGCAAUCCAAGCUCAAGAUGGAGCAGGACGCCUACGAGAUGCGCGUGGCGGCUUUGGCGCCAAAGGUGGAGGCCAUGGAACACAGCUGGAACCGCAUUCGGACUAUCAGCGGCGCGGACACGCCCGAAGAGGUCCUGGCGUACUGGGACGGCCUCAAAGCCAAGGAGGAGCAGAUGCGGCAGCUGGUGUCGUUGGCCGAGCAGCGUGAGGCCUCCGCCAAAUCCGAGAUUGCUGCACUGCUGAGCAACCGCUCCGGCAUGUACGAGAAGGACUCGGCGGUCGCACCCGACGUGGGCGCCGGCAGCGCAGAACGUGCCAGCCUUAUCGGCGAGGUGGAACGGAACAUGGAGUCCGCCAAGGCCAAGUUUAACAAGCUCCGCUCCGUCUGCAUAGGUGCGGAGCAGGGCCUGCGUAGUCUGCUGGAGCGGCUUAUGAUUGCGCUGGAGGAGAUUCAUCCCGACCAGCUGCGCGCCUCGCAACUCAAGGGCGCCGGGCACGACGGCAAGGGCGGUGGGUACCGCGGCAAGGGUGCCAUCGCCGGUGGCGCAGGAGCUACUGCCAGCGGGCGACGGCAGUCGGCUGUUCACACGCCAGACCGCAAGACUCGCGCCCCUGGCUCGCGCAGCAGCUCGCCGCCGGUGCCUCCCCACUCCACGGGCGAGCUGGGUGCCGUCAAGCCCUCGUCGCCGCUGCACACGCUGGGGCCAGGCGAGUCGGAGCCCAUUCCGGAGGGUGCCGCUGACGAGCUGGGUGACCCAGAGCUCAGCUCGCCACUGGGAGUGGAGGGCAACACCAUUGACGAUGACCACUUCUUCCCAGAGUUGCCCGACUUGCUGACAAGCGUCACGGAACGGCUCAACCGAGUGCUGGUGCUGGGGGCGGAGCUGGACGCCGUGGAUGCGAAUGCGGAGGACGAGGGUCUGCUGGUGCCGGCCACGAUACCGUCCGUCACGGAGGGUGUUGAGGCGCCACCGUCGCCGUCGCGUGGCACAGAGGGCCUCAGCGAGAGCGAGCGCACGCUAGUCAAGGGCAUGAACCGCCGCACCUGGACAGGCGCGCCUCUGCUGGAGACGAUCGCGGCAAACCCUAUGGAGGCAGCUGCCCCCACCAACAUCAAGCGCAAGAAGGGCAAGAAGAAGGAGCAGCAGGUGCAGCCCGACCUCAAUCGCAUCUUGGGCUACACGGGGAGUGACGUGGAGGAAGAGGAGGAGUCCGAGAGCGAGGAAGAGACGGAGGAGGAGGGCAACAAGGACGAUGGCGUGGUUGACCGGGACUACAUCAAGCUAAGGGCCCUUAAGAUGAGCCAGCGGCUAGCCAACCAGCAGCGGGCCAUCAAGGUCUGA